AUGCACAUCCCUCAACCCCCCUCCCCAACACCACCCCCCUUCCUCCAAGCCCGCCAACUCGACUUCCACAUCCUCACCCAAACCCUCAUCCGCCCUUCCACAACAAUCAUCACAACCAUAACCCUCGGCACAAUCGAGCCCACCUCCACAGAAAGCACCGCCGCCGCUGUGCCUCUUCCCGUGACAUCCCACCAUCAUACCGGACUCUCUGGAGGCCAGAUCGGGGCUAUACUCGGCUCCGUAGUGGGCAUCGUCGUGCUCCUCCUCAUCAUCGGCUUCUGCUACGUCGGAAGACGCAGAGUGCCGAUAACAUACGAUGAUGAGAAAGAGCACAAGUACAAAUACAAGAGACAAACACACCAUAACAACGACGUUGGCACCAGUCAGAAGAAGAAGAAGAAAGCCAAGGGUAAAGGCUCGCGCGCAACACGUGGGGUAUACGAGUACGACUACACUCAGGAAGAAGCCGUAUACUACACAGAAGCUCCCUCCAAAAGCAAGAAAAAGUCAUCAUCAUCAUCCUCGAAGAAGAAGAAUAACGGCACCACGGUCCAGGAACCUGAUCCUGCUGUUGUCGCGGAGAGAAUUCCUGGGGGGCCAAGGUAUCCUACCUAUCGCGCGAUUCCAAUAUCAAAUCCUCGAAACCCUCAGAUCUGGCGCACGGGGUAA